CCCCCCAGGCGCCGCCCCCGGCCCCGCCCCCGCCGCGGCGGGCAGGAGCGUGCGGGCUGCGGGCUGGCACCGGGCCCGCCCCGCCCAGCACCGGCACCGGCCCCGGCCCCGGCCCGGCCCAUGGAGGCUCCGGGAGCGGCCGGCACCGCAGGCAGCCGGUGAGCCCAGGCCGGAGUGGGGCGGUGUGGCCGGCGGCACGGCAUGACCAUGCAGGCGGAGGCCAGAGGGGAUUUCUGCGGCAGGGACCAGCACCCUGGUACCGGUAUCGCAGAGCUCGGCAAGGAGGCGCUGGCCCCGGAGUGCCCGGCGGGGACCCCUGCCCACAGGCCGGCCCAGGAGACCCCCGGAGUCCCCGCGGAGGAGCAGGGCGGCAUCCCCAUCCCCAGCGCCGGCCUGCUGCAGGUCACCGAGCGCAGACAGCCCCUGAGCAGCGUCUCCUCGCUGGAGGUACACUUCGACCUGCUGGACCUGACGGAGCUGACCGACAUGUCGGACCAAGAGCUGGCCGAGGUCUUCGCCGACUCCGACGAAGAAAACGCGACCGGAGAGUCUCCCGGCGGUGAGCGAGCGGGGCCGGCCCCGGCCCGUCCGGCUGCCCGGGCCCCUGAGCCGGCUGUUCCCGCAGGGCUGCAGCCGCAGACGGUGCCCCGGGCCGGGUACCUGCGUUCGCCCUCCUGGACCCGAACGCGGGAGCAGGGACGGGAGAAGAAGCACCUGAGCGACCCGGAGCUGCCGCCGGGCCCCCCGGACGCCUUCCUGCCCGCCGAACGCCCACGGGAGCCCUAGGGCUGCCCCGGCCCCGGGCAGCGGCGGCGGGGACGCGCCGGGGGACGGACGCGGAGGGGCGGCGGGGCCGGUCGCUUCCCUUCGUUCCCCGGUACCGUUGCAGCCCUGGACUGGCGCCGCGGCGGGGAGGAGGAGGAGGAGGAGGAGGAGGAGGGCAGCUCGCCCGGACCGGCCCCGGGGUUGCGGGAGGCGGCCCCGGGCAGAGGCGGCCCCC